UUCUUUUCCAUUUUAACCUGCAGGAAAUCAAUGAUCUUAACUGUUUGUGCGCGUGAUCAGCUGAAGAUCAGAUUGAUCUGCAAUGGCAGCCGGGAAGCACUUGACGGAGACCGGCUCUAAUCAAGAGCUUCAGGCUGGAUUCGAUUGUGAUGAAAUGGAUAUGAGUAAAUCAGUCGCGGAAGACCGACCGUCGGUAUCUGUGGAAGAAAUAACGAUCCUGGCUUAUCGAGACAUGCUGCAGGCCAUGGCGUACCCGUAUGGGAUCCUAACGUUGAAACAGGUGAAACUUGCAAAAACAUUCGGAAAGCUUUUGCGUAUUCCAGAAGCUCGACAGAAGUUGGAAAUGCGUGCUGUAUAUGUCAGCCUGGAAAGCAAAAGAGAUUUCAAACGUGCAACCGAAGAGCUUAGUGUUCAAGAAGGAACAUCGUCGAGUCCCGUGACAGAAAUUGUUCGCCGCACUGGCAAUAAAAUAAAGAAGCGGAAAGAGAAAAGACCUCGACGGACGGCACUGGAAUUGUCCGUUCCGUCGGCGGCGGCUUCCGCCUCACCGUGCCUGCAUUCCCUGGCCGACGUCGGAUCCGUGGUGCCGCCGUUUCUGCGUCCUACACCUGUCACGCAGCUCGAAGCUACCGUGGAGCGCGUCGUGGAGAUCUACAGAGGAAAGAUUCGCGCCCUGUGGCGAGACCAAGGGAGCCAUCGCCAUCGUCGGUUGGCUCGCAACGCCGAAAUUUCUGCUAUCUCGGCACAGAUGUUUCGUAACAUCUGGAAGCAGUUGAUUACCCCUUUGUCUUUGCAGCUGACUGGAAGAAAAAUGAAAAGUGAGAGUUUACGGAUGAUGGACGCGCUUGCGAUGCGCGCGCUCUAUUUGAUGAAUGAGAUCAUUGUGGAACGCGGAGUCGUUGAAGAUUCGCUGAAAAAUGGUUUUAUCGAAAUGGCGCAAGCCAGGUACGUGAUGGGGAGUCGUUCCGUUUCUUCACUCAAAUUCCCAUCGGAAAUGGUUGCAUCGUGUGUGGUGGAAUCAGAGACGAAAAAGAUAGGGACACUGGACGGACAAGGAGAUCACAGUGCGCCGAUGUUCGACGAGAGAUCGUUAACGUCGCAAUUAUCUGUGGCGCCUGAAGAAACAAAUCCGUCCGACUCCCCUGAGAAGGAAGGAGGUUUGCGUCAUCGAAAAGGAGAGCUCGAGUCCGGCGACGCGAACGAAAAAUCGACGGACGAAAAACCGCUUACAAUGUCGGGAAAAGACCCUUUGAAAUGGUUUGGCGUGCUUGUCGAUGCGAAUUUGCGAAGGAGCCAGAAGAAUUUUAAGUCCGCCGUCGCACGUUGCGUGCAUUUAGUGAAUUUGCAGGCUGAGCUUGUGAGAGUCGUCGACGAAUUCCGGCGUUUGAGAGCCUCAUCGAAGGAAGCUUCCGCCGAAGAAUAA